ACGGCCAUUCUUCCUGACGACUGUGAGGGAGAAGCACACGGCGUUCCUUGAGAAGCAUCACCUUUCCCUUCACGUUUACACAACAUGGGACGUUUGUGGGCGGGUAUGGCGUUGGCCUGGCUAGCAGCAUGGGUGUGCGUGGGCGUGGGCGGCCUGGAUGUGCGUGAUGGCCGUUACCACGACCUAGUCAUCGCACUCGAUCCUCAAAUGAGGAUGGAUAUAAUUGAUCACAGCUUCACUUCUAACGUUAAGGAUCUUUUGGCCAACGUGAAUACCGCCCUCUCGAAGUCGACGAGAGGGCGCCUGUCUAUGGGGUCCGCGAAGGUGGUGUUACCUCACUGGUGGAACAACACGAAAGACUGGCCCCUGGGAGAGCCUCAACAGCACCUGACAUGGCACAGCGCUGACAUACGCUUGGUGGAGCCGCAGAGAAAGACUCAACCCCCGUAUACCGUACAGGCUGGACAGUGUGGAGUCCCGGGGCGCUACAUGACCUUCUAUACUCCCUUCCUUGACCCUAUCGAGGUUGAGGAGAAGUAUGGCCCACAAGGGUACGUAUUCAUGCACGAGUGGGCUCACUACCGCUGGGGUGUGUGGGAGGAGUACGGCUACCCUGGCGACUCGGUGUACCCCGUCAGAUACUCCACAGCAAACGGCGAGACCCUCCCUACAGCGUGUCACCACGGUCACCUCCACGGAGAGUUCAAGACGAAGAAAGGCGAGAACUGCAAAGACGACAACAGCCAAUGUUAUUUCUUCCCAGACGAGAACAACAAUGCUUCCUCAACCAAAUCCUCACUGAUGUCUCUCACUUACCUCUCGGAUGGGAACUUCUGUGACAGUGAGACACACGACCCCUGGGCUCCCACUCCGCAGAACCUACAGUGUGGCCGACGAUCUGUGUGGGAGAUGCUCAAUAAACACCCUGACUUUAGGAGUACCAAUGAUCCCGUGGAUAGUAUAGGAAGCACCACCUUCCACAAAGCUCCUCAGGCCAGGGUAUUCUUCCUCUUCGACACGCCCAACACUGACGAAGACGUCACGUACGUAACCAAACUGGUAAACGACAUCCUCACCAAGAACCUCGACUUCUACGGGUCCCUACAGGUAGGGAUGGCCACCUUCAGGGAAAAAAAUGGGGAGACGGAGCUCAUCAAACACAUGAAUUUCACUUCAAUCGAAGACAUCAGUGACAUCGCUGAGAAACUGCCAGAAACUAGUGAUCGCCUAAACGAAGGCACGACGCCUGUGGGCGAGGCGGUGAGGGAGGUGGUGGAGGGGUGGGAGACGUACUACCCGGGCACCCUAGUCGUGACAGUCUCCUGGAACCUCGUCAGCCAGGACCAGGCUGAUUUGUUGGAUAAGCUCACACUAAUAGAGAAGAGAGUGAAGUUGUUAGUGCUAAGUCCAGGUAGUAAGGGGCUGGCGAACAUGCUGCCCCUGGCGCCUCUCCUCCAGUACACCGGUGGACACUUCUAUGCCAAGGAGGAACGCCAACAGGCCGCCUCCGCCUUGAGUGAUGACAUGGACACUUACCUACAGGCUCACACCGUCGACGACCACAAGCUGUACGGGGUGAGCAGCACCAAUGUUACAGCUGGUAAAAAAACCACCCUCCCCUUGGUGAUCAUAGACAACGACAAGGUCAAACAGAUCAACGCCUACAUAAAGCUGACCCCCUUCAACUCCAGCAACAUUGAGGUCUACUAUCUGCACCCAGUCUUAUAUUAUGACGUGUCGUGUGAUGACCCGAAGUACCCAGACCUCAUCCACUGCGAGACCUCCGACACAGGGGUCUUUGUUUACAUCCCCGUCAGCUCGGUCGCCAAUAACCAGGCAGAGUACAGGGUGUCAGUCGAAAACGUUGGAGAGGAGGACGCAUUGGCUGAGGUUACCUGGAGCUUGGUGGACAAAGAUGCUUCAAACCAACAGGUGGUGGUGGACGUGUGGUCAUCCGAGGACCAGGGAGUGAAAGCGGAUAUACCAGAAAGCAACAACCUCUUUCUCUACUGCCAGGUCUCUCACUCACGGGGCGGAGUGAUAGAGGGCACGACAGUACAAGCUGAGGUGACGCUAGACGAUGGUAGUGGCUCUCCUGUGGUCCGAGUGCUUACUAUGGUGGAUGAUGGACGCGGAGACGUGGACGUUCGUAGACGUGACAACAUAUGGUCAGCGGAAGUGAAGGGAACCUGGGCACCGAACACCAUCCUCACUGUGAAUCGUCUGGCCAUCAACCACGACCCUGACUUCUCUCCUUUCAGCACUAAACCUCAGCUAGUUAGUUCGCCUUCCGGAGGUGAGAGGUGGGAAAAAGAGGAAGAGAAAAUGAAGGGUUACUCCGGGGUGUUGCCUCGAGACCCGACUGAAGGUUACUGUUGUGGCAGCUACAGUGACGGUAACAAGCUCUCAGCCGUAGUCAACGUGUUCCUCAUGCUACCCUUUACGAUCACUCUCACCAAUGGCGUUCAGGAGCUGCCUCUCCGGGUGACAGAGGUGGCCAGCGACGAUGAUCAUCCUCCUCAGAUUGACGACGACAACUUGAAAGUGACGAUCAGCUGGGCCGGAAGUGGUGUCACGAAAAACAACAGAGCAGACCAGAAGGACCACUACAGGGUUCGCUACGACUACAGCCUUUCCGCCGUCAGAGACAACUUCCAAGACGCUCGAAUUCCCUUGAAUGGAUCGGGCAACGUUCCUUGGGGCACACACACCGCUGAAGUCAUCCUCCCUUACACUGGCACAGAAGAUAAAGGCGACGUGUACAUCGCCGUCGCCGACGUCAGUUUCGACACUUCUGGGGAAGAGAGAGUGGGUCCUCCGUCAGCACCCAUCCUCGUUAAGAUCCCCGAGCUCCCUUCAACGACCACAGCUUCUAGUACAACAUCUGAUAUUAAUACCAAGACCACCACCUCCACCACCACCACGACCACAACUACCACUACCACCACUACCACUCCCACUCCCAUCACCACCACUACCACCACCACCACUCCCACUCCCACCACCACAACCACCCAGGGAGCCUCUUCCGUCUCCCUCACACUCUCCUAUCUCUGUCUGAUGGUUAUUACUGUGAUGAUACUGCGUUAGUGCCUUCAGUCCCUCUCGCUCCACUGUAUAUUUCUUGUUUUUGCUGGUGUGUGUGUGUGUGUGUGUGUGUGUGUGUGUGUGUGUGUGUGUGUGUGUGUGUGUGUGUGUGUGUGUGUGUGUGUGUGAUUUUAAAGCACCAAUCAGAUUUGUGCUGUGAAAAUGCUAGUUAAGAAUCAUGUAUGGGUACAGUGCUCUCUCUCUCUCUUUAUCUCGUCACUUUACUAUUCAGAGAUAGAUUCAUAUUUGUCCCAUGCAGCACGGGGCCUGGUUUAUUGGGCACCCACUUAUACCCUGUGUAAGGCGAAGAGAAGAAGCGUUGCGACGACCAACAGUGAAGCAGCAAUUGUUCAUGUUUGCUUUGUUUAACUCAUACAGCUUACGGGCACGAUUACCUGAGGGGCCAUUGGUUGUGUUAGCGAGUUAAAUGUAGUUAAGGGAAAAUGCGUGUAUAGACGGAGGAUUCCUCGUACAGUUCGUCUGUUUAUGGCAAAGCGUGGCAGGUCUCUAAUAAUGUCAAGUGUCAGGCCUGUCUCAAGGCGGAGGGAUACUGUAUUUGGUCAGGAAGAGACGAUGUGAUGGUGACGGAUGGAAACCUGAAGGACAUGCUGGGAUGUAUAGUGAGGGAGGGUGUGAGUUUACAAAUAGUGUGGCCAGGCUCAGGGUUGUCAAUGUAUUCCCAGCCCAGGUGCUGUUUCGUGUACACAAUUUGUUGAGACCGGGUUAUGGGGUCACACUCUACAACCUGUUUCGUCUCAUUAUACAUGUCAAACAUGUGUAAUUACUCUCUAUGGUUUGCCUCAAUUAUUAAUUAAUUAUGAAAAUUUUCACUAUAAUCCUUUGUCUUAUAAAAUAAAACAAUCAGUGUAAUCAUAAUAUAUUCCAUCAUAAUAAUGUGCUGUCUAAUGGUAGACCCUGCUGCCAUGUGGCAUCACAAAAAUUGUGACCAAGUCCCAGGUUGCUCAUCUGUCUUUCUGCCUCCACACAAUUGCAGGGUCUCAAUUGUGUCUCUUGCUUUGCCACCACAACAUAUGUAUGUAUAUAUCAUUUGUCACUCUUGAUUUGUUUAAUUUCUUUCAUCUCUGUAUUUAUAUCUGCUUUUGUUUCUUUCUCGCCCUCCUGGCCCCGAUGUGGGUCAGUGACCUGUGCCAGGGUGGGCUAAUCUCCGUAAAAAAAAAUUAUAACUAAAGUUGAAUUAGUUUUAUAUAUUCCUUUGUGUUGGACAGCAUCGAUGGCUUCAGUGAUCCAAAUUUUUAGGUCAUCUCUAGUUUUAGGGCGUGUCUUGUGUUGUCUUGUACACCCGACUCUUCAAGAAUCCCCACAGAAAGAACUCUGGCGAGAAUACAUCUAGAGUUCGGGGUGGCCACAAAACAUUGCUGAAACUGGAAAUGAUCCUCACCCCAAACUGUUAUCUUAGACAUUGCAUAACAAUUUUAGCAAUAUGGCAUGUUGCCGCAUCUUGUCGAAACUAAAUGUUUUCAAGAAAUAUGUUUUUAAGAACGCAAUUUUGGAAUAAGAAUGUUCUGCAACAUGACACAUUGCAAGCAGUAAUUGACAAUGUUCUGGUUCACUGCAGGGAGUGAAUCAGUUGUAAUGGACAACACUUAAAAAAUUUAUCUAUAAGAAGUAGACCUGUAAUAAUGUGUUUAGAGCACAGUAAAAGAAACUCACCUGUUUGUACUUCAUUAUGAUUCAAUAAAUUUAUGGUUUUCUUUGACAA